AUGCCCAAUUCCAACGCCGACCUUGAGGAGAAGCCGACUUCACCCUCGACAACGGCAGCUGACCCGUUGUCUUCUUCCUCUCCUUCUCCUUCUGAGCCUCGACAUGCAUCAGAAGAUGGAAACAACACAGUCGCGUCUCGGUACCUGAUCAAACGGCCCAAGGCGCUACAAUGGUUCCACAACGGCACACUCGAGCGGGAAUCCGACGAGGAGCGACAGGCGGGCCGCUUCGAGCUGUUUCUGGAUCUGCUGUACGUCGCACUCGUGGCUAAUUUCGCAGAGGACCUGGCUGAACACCCUUCGGGCGCGGGACUGGUCAAGUACUUGCUGAUCUUUGCUCCCGCGUGGCACAUCUGGAGCGACCUGCGCGAGAUCAUGAACUCGUACUACAACGACGACCUGGUGCAGCGCGGGGUGAUCCUCUGGGUCAUGGCCCUGAUGGUGCUGUACGGCAAUAACGCGCGACUCGUGGCCGACGACAUUGGCGCCAUGAGAACCGUGGUGGGCGCGUUCAUGACAGCCCGAUUGACAGUUGCGGCGGUCUACUUGAUUUCCUCGUUCGCCAGCUUCCAGCACCGCGCACAGGCCCGCAUCAUGGCGGGCUUCAUCGUGGUAGGUCUGCUCAUCUGGAUCCCGCUGUACUUUGAGAGCGUCAGCCUGCGGGCCAAGAUCGCCGUCGCCGUUGUCGGCAUCGUCUACCACGAAGUCACCUGGGUCAUCACGUUCGGCACGUGGAUCAAGAGACGCCUGAAACUCGAGUACAGCACCGCCGUCGACAUUAGCCACGAGAUCGACCGGCUCGCAGCCUUUUACAUUAUCGUCCUGGGCGAGUACCUAUACAGCAUUGUCGUGGGUGAUCCUGCCGCCAUCGGCCUGAACAUGGGUCUAUUGAAAGCCGUGUGGACUCUGAUCAUCGCCUUCUGUCUCAACUGGCUGUACGUCAACGGGGACGGGAGUCUGGAGAGUGUGCACCCGAUCAGACGGUCCGUUAGUACCGCGUUUGCGUUCUUCACUCUGCACAUGCCGCUCGCCGCGUCGCUGUUGGUCGGCGGACACAUCUGCGCGGUCAGCGCGGGCCAACAGGAACUUGACACCGGCGAGCGCUGGUUGAUGGGCGGCGGGUUGGGCGUGGGCAUGUUCUGUCUGUGGAUCCUUGCGAUGUUGUUCCGUGACGGCGUUGAGGAUUCGUGCGAAUUGAUCAUGCCCAAGACGGCCCGGGUCGGCAUGAGGCUCGUCGUCGCCGUCAUUUUGGUCCUCUUACCCCUGGUCGACCUAGAGCGUUUCGACGCCGUGCAGCUGCUCAGCACGGUCAUGGGUCUCAUUGUUUUUGUUACGGUCUGGGAGACGGUCGGAGGGUUGAGGAAAGGGUCCAAAGUGUAUGAGAAGUGGGAGGCGGCGAGGAAUCCCAUGCCUGUGAGUGAGUGA